GAUAAUUGUUUUUGUUCUUCAUGAAUUACUUAAAUUCAGUUCUGGAACAAGGAUAUUAUUUAAAAUAUUAUGAACUUAUAAAGCACCAAUAUUAUCAUAAACAUAUCACAAAACGUCUGUUUAAGACAUCGUGUAGCGUAACUAAUCAUAAAACGCCGAUAGUAAAAUCCAAUGACUUUAAGAAUUCAUAUGAAUACAUUAUAAUUGGAGCUGGUUCAGCUGGAUGUGUUUUGGCCAAUCGUUUAAGUUUACCACAUCCUAAAACAAAAAAUUCUAGUAAAGUUCUGGUUCUGGAAGCUGGUCCUACAGAUGUUGGAAUCUCCAGAUGGACAAUUAAGAUGCCAGCUGCUCUUAUGUACAAUCUUUAUCACAAUAAAUAUAAUUGGUAUUAUCACACUGUUCCUCAAAGACAUAUGAAUGACCGUACUAUGUACUGGCCUCGAGGUCGUGUUCUUGGUGGAAGUUCAUCUUUAAAUGCCAUGGUUUAUAUUCGAGGUCAUCCGUUAGAUUAUGAUAGAUGGGAAUCUGAGGGUGCUGACGGUUGGAAUUAUGCAAACUGCUUGCCAUAUUUUCGCAAAGCUCAGACUCAUGAACUCAAUGGGAAUCAAUAUAGAGGUUCUGAUGGUCCAUUAUAUGUAUCCAGAGCUAAAACUAAUCACCCAUUACAUUCAGCCUGGAUUGAGGCAGGAAAACAGGCUGGUUAUCCGUUUACUGAUGAUGUAAAUGGGUAUCAACAAGAGGGCGUGGGCUACUUUGAUAUGACGAUUAAACACGGCGAAAGGUGUUCAACUUCCACAGCUUAUUUACAUCCAGCUAUGAAGUCUAGUUCUAACUUAACUGUUGAAACAAAUGCAUUAGUCAUGCAAAUACUCUUUGAAAAUAAAAGGGCGGUUGGUGUAAAAUACAGCAAAAACGGCCAAGUUCAUGAGGCUAGAGCGGAAUCUGAAGUGAUCUUAUCAGGAGGAGCUAUAAACUCACCACACUUACUAAUGUUAUCGGGGAUUGGUGAUGUAGAUUAUUUACGCUCAAUUGGAAUAGAUGCUUGGCAUCAUUUACCUGGUGUUGGACAAAAUUUACAAGAUCAUUUAGAAUUAUACGUCCAACAGGCUUGUAAAAAGCCAAUAACACUUUACAAAGCUCAAUGGAAAUAUCCACAUAUUAUGGUUGGGAUCGGUUUAAAAUGGAUAUUAUUCCGUCAGGGCUGGGCGGCAACAACUCAUUUAGAAAGUGGUGGUUUUGUAAGAACAGAAGCAAAUAUUUCUCAUCCUAACAUUCAGUUUCAUUUUCUUCCAUCGACAAUACAUGAUCAUGGACGUAAAAUGGGUGGUCAGCAUGCAUUUCAAGUGCAUGUAGGACCAAUGAGGUCAAGAAGUCGUGGCCAAAUUUUACUAUCUCCUGAAAGUCUAGGUUUUGCUCCAAAAAUAGACCCAAAUUAUUUAGCCUGUGAAACUGAUCGAGCUGAAAUGAGAGCAGCCAUACGUUUGUCACGAGAAAUAUUUGCUCAGCCUGCAUUAGCGAAAGAAUUUGCAGGCAAAGAACUGGCUCCAGGCGAGGAUAAAGUAUCAGAUUCUCAACUGGAUGAAUUUGUACGUUCUUUUGGUGAUAGUGCAUACCAUCCUUCUUGCACUUGCCGUAUGGGUAAAAAUCCUGAUGGUCGUAAAGCCGGAAGUGAUGAUGAAAUACACUGUGGUUAUUUGGGUAAUGGUAGAAUAGAGGCAGCAGUUACGCAAUCAAACUGUAAAGUAUGGGGUAUUGAAAAUCUUCGUAUUGUUGAUGCAAGUAUAAUGCCAUCAAUUGUUUCAGGUAAUUUAAAUGCACCUGUCAUAAUGAUGGCUGAAAAAGCUGCAGAUAUUAUUAUCAGUUCUCGAGAUGGUGUUUCAGUUGUUUUGCCAGCUGAUACAAAUUCCUCCUAUUGGAAACCACAGCAUCCUGAUAAACAACGUGAUGGUGUUCCACUUGUAUCCCAUCAUUUGAUUUAACUAAUAUGAAGAUAAAGAAAAAUUGAGAAAAUCUAUUCAGUAUAUUAAUUCCCUUGUUUUAGACAUACUAUUUAUAAAACACACAUUAUCACACUCCCGAAAAACAGUUGCUUUCAAAUAAAUGCCUUACUUGUAUUUCUUAUUUCUUUUUUGUCAAAGACUUCUAAAGCUCUUGAUAAUAGUAUUUUUUUUUAAAACUACAUUUCCAUAUUGAAAGUGCUUAUAUUGAAAUUACAGGAAAUCCCAUUGAAUUAGAUUUUUCCAAAUAUCCACGUUUUAUUUUAUUUUAUUUUUGUUCCGUUUUGUUAACUUGAUAACAGUUUUGAUGAUUAUUGCAAUUUCAUAUAAUAGAAUGAUAAUAAAUAAAGUGAUGAUUUAACUAUAUAUUUUUUCAAAAGUGAAAUAUGACUUCGUCAGUCUUCUACAACUAAUAUUAUGCUAAUUUUUCUAAAGAAUCAUUCUCGUAAGAAAC